CCGAAAACGAGUGAAACCACCUUCUUCAACUCUAAAUCCAACCACCUCCCCAAGAAUGGCCUCAACACUUCGCCUCCUCCUACGGCCUACGCCAACACGACUCCACGCUACCGCUCUUCGCCGCCAUGCCUCCACCUUCGGCUACACCCAAGCGAAAGCGCUGAUCUUCAGUGACUACGGCCAGCCCAGCGACGUCCUGAAGCUCCACUCCCAUUCGAUUUCUCCCGUCUACGGUUCCGAGAUCGUCAUCAAAUUCCUCGCCGCGCCGAUCAAUCCGGCAGACAUCAACCAGAUCGAGGGGGUCUACCCCACCAAGCCGGCAAUGACCAUCAACCUGGGGACUCCCACACCCGCGGCGGUCCCCGGAAACGAGGGCGUAGUUGAAGUUGUCUCCGUGGGCGCAAACGUGAAGGACUUUAAGCCCGGAGACCGUGCGAUCAUGAAGCACACGGCGUUCGGAACGUGGCGAACACAUGCCCUCGCCUCGGAUAAGAACCUUCUCAAGAUCCCGGAGAAGUUCCGAGACCUGGGAGUCGUGUCCGCCGCGACGGUGAGCGUCAACCCGUGCACGGCGUACUGCAUGUUGAAGAACUUCAAGCCGCUGGAGAAGGGUGACUGGUUCAUCCAGAACGGCGGGAACUCGGGCGUGGGUAGGGCGGCGAUCCAGCUGGGCAGGCUGUGGGGGCUGAAGAGUGUCAACGUUGUUCGCAAGCGGCCCGAGAUCGACGCGCUAAAGGAGGAACUGAAGGCGCUGGGCGCGGACAUGGUCAUCACCGAGGAGGAGCUGGCGGACCGGACGUUCCGGAAGCAGAUGAAGGAGUUGACUGGUGGGAAAGGGCUCCAGCUGGGCCUUAACUGCGUUGGCGGCAAGUCCGCAACGGAGCUGAUUCGACACAUGGGCGAGGGCGGGCAUGUCGUUACGUAUGGCGCUAUGGCUAAACAGCCGCUCAUGGUUUCGGCAAGCUCCCUGAUCUUUAAGGACAUUCAUGCUCAUGGAUUCUGGGUGUCGAGAUGGAGCGAUGCCAACCCGGAGGCGAAGCGCGAAAUGGUCGAGGAGAUCUUUGGGAUGAUUCAGCGUGGAGAGUUCAAGGACGUGCCAGUCGAGAAGACGGUGUGGAACAGUGAGACCAAGGAGGAUGUACUCAAGGCUGCGGUCGCGAAGAGUGGGCAGGCAUAUAGCGGAAAGAAGCAGGUGUUUGUAUUUGAGGAGUAGGUCGUAUGAUUGUAGCAUCGAUGAAUCCCACCUUAGCACAGACCUGACGGUAGUGAUUCUAUGACUGCAAUGUGAUUGUUUCUUUGAUAGCUAUUUGGCCAGCCC